CCUCAGAAUACCCAUAGUGAGAUGUAAAUUAGACUAUGCUAGUGUAUGUUAUCAUCUUGAUAUUGGAUAGUAGCAUAUGUUUUCGUAUGUAUGAUGUUAUUCAUAGUGUGAAUAACUAGCUAUAUUACUCGAAUGAUCUUUUAUCUUUAUUAAAUCAUUGUCACGUAAAUAAAUUUGUUGAGUUGAGUCUUAAGUUACUCCUGUGGGCAGUCUCAGCCAUCAGCGGGCGUGCAUCGCGUGGGUGCGAACGACCGCCAGGUAGCGCCACAACGGCGUGGGUCCAAGCUGAUAGUAUACCGCCAGGUCGUCGGGAUUUCAGCCAGCCAAGCCAAGCCAAGCCGUGUGGAGCAGGCAGAGCCUACAGUACGAACCAAUCCCAGCUCCCAACUCCGUGUGGUAGCUGUCGCAUUGAAGAAGCAAAAACCAAUCCUAACUCGACACUACUCAUGCACGAGCAAGCCAUUAUAAAUGCAUCACCCACGACCACUUACAAGUUACUCCACAACAGUAGCCCACAACGUCUCUUGUGAGUAGCUCCUUCCUGUCAAGCAGCUAAGGUAGUAGCUAGCUACAGUACGAGCAUGGCUGGUGGCGGGGACACGCCGGGCAGACUGGAGAGCAUCCUGACGGACACAUCGGCGCCACGGGCGGAGCGUGCGUGGGCGGCGGGGGCGGUCGAGCUGCGGCUGCUGUCACGGCUUGCGGCGCCGGCGGUGGUGGUGUACAUGAUCAACUACGUCAUGUCCAUGUCCACGCAAAUCUUCUCCGGCCACCUGGGGAACCUGGAGCUCGCCGCCGCCUCGCUCGGCAACACCGGAGUCCAGACCUUCGCCUAUGGCCUCAUGGUACCUACGCACGCUCUCCUGCAUCUCAGCUCUAAUUCAUUUGUCAUGUGUACCUUUACUUGAUGAUACGCCCCACUUUGGCUCUUCAUCCAUUGAGUAGAUCGAAAUAUGUAAUCAACCCUCGACAAGUCGUGUCAAUCCUAAAAGGAAAAACUUGGCAAGCACUGGAGUGUUUGUGUUUCUCUGCCUGCUGGGUAUGGUAUAGUUCGGUUCCAGCACACCCUCCAUGGGAGCAAUGCUACACUUACGUAAUUCUUAUUACUGGAUUUAGGUAAUGAGCAACUUCGGCAGUUGUGUUGGAGAUUGGGAAAGGAAGGGGCCCACCCGCCUGAAAAUCAGGGGAGCGAGAGAGAGUUUGUUAGGACAAUUAUGUAGAACGUACCUAGCAUUACGUGGAUGUAGGAUUUUCGCCCUCCCCUCCAUCGAUCUGACACAACCCACAACUUAGACAACGCGUGAAAAAGCUCUCAGACUAUUAUUUUUUGAAA